AGUUUGUUUGGUAACUUGCUGUAAGUAAUAAGGAUGAAGCUUUUAAUUAUUUUAUCCAUCCUCUAUGCCCAAGCAUACGGAGAAUGUAGUUUGUGGGGCAUAGAUCCUGUACCGAAACCUUUCAUAGUCGACUGUAAUGGCACUUCUCCGGAUAAAAGUGACUUUCUAAACUCCUACAACGAAAACAAACCAUUCGACUUCGUGACCAGAUUCUACUGGAAAAACUUCAAAGGCGAACUUAACUCAGACAUGUUAAAAACGCUACCAAAACUUCGACACGUUACAGUCAGUAAAUGCGAAUUUACCACACUUCCUGACAAUUUUUUUGAGGCCGAUGCCGAAACAUUAGAAACCAUUGAGAUCAGGGACAGCAAAAUCACAACCAUUGAAGCAAAUGCUUUCAAGAACCUCAAACAUUUGAGGCUUUUGAGUCUACAUGGCAACAAAAACGUUAAGGGGUUUAAAUUGGAAAAUUUGAGAGGUUGCGAUGGUUUGGGAUAUAUAGGAAUGCCCACUGAUACGUUCAAAACUAUGGAUGUUUCGAAGUUGAAAAUUUGGUUCCCCAAAUUGAUUACUAUAGUUCUCCCUGGAGAAGAUAAGGAGUCUGUGAAGGAUAAAAUAAAGGAAGUUGAAUCUCAAACCACAGGCAUUGGGAUACAUUUUGAAGAAUAGGAAGAGAAAUCAAAAAAAAAUUCUACAAACUAAAAUUAUGAUAAUAUUGAACAUAAAUAUAUUUAUAUAUACUAAAAAUAUACCACAA